AUGCCUUCCCACUACGCAAACGCCGACGAAAGUGCCAUCGUUGAAAUAGCCAACGAACCAGCCAGCGGUGUAUCAUAUUUUACCCCAAAGCAAGACCCGCCCGCCGGCACAGUUGUCUCACCAGCGCCGAAUCACCCGAAUGUACCCAAGCUCUUUGCUCCAUUGAAGAUCAGAGGUCUUGAGCUUCAUAACCGCAUUUUGCUCUCUCCCCUCUGCCAAUAUUCGGCCGCAGAUGGACACCUUAACGACUGGCAUUUUGCUCAUCUGGGUGGCAUUAUCUCACGUGGACCUGGUCUCUCCUUCGUAGAAGCCACUGCGGUAAUUCCUAAUGGUCGAAUUACACCGGAGGACUCCGGCCUCUGGAAGGAUUCUCAGAUCGAGCCAUUAAAGAGGAUCGUGGAAUUUGCUCAUAGCCAGGGCCAGCUCACCGGUAUUCAACUCGCGCAUGCUGGACGCAAAGCAAGCACCGUUGCACCUUGGCUGUCCAUGACUCGUGGCCCAGGGGCUCCUAUGAAAUCGGUCAACGGUUUCGAAAAUGAGGGUUUUACACCGCGUUACGGCUGGCCUAAUGAUGUGGUUGCCCCGAGCGCUAUCGCCUAUAAGGACAAAAACAUCAUUCCUCGGGAAAUGUCUCUCAGUGAGAUUCAAUCCUUCAUACUGUCCUGGGGCGAAGCUGUUAAAAGAGCAGUUCGGGCCGGGUUUGAUGCUAUUGAGAUUCACGGCGCACACGGAUAUCUUAUCCACGAGUUCCUUUCCCCAGUCUCUAAUAAGCGAACUGAUGAAUAUGGCGGGAGCUUCCAGAACCGAAUUCGGUUCGCGCUCCAGAUCGUUGACGUGUCUCGACAAAACAUGCCCGGGAAGAUGCCUCUUUUCUUCCGUGUUAGUGGCACGGAGUGGUUAGAGCACCUAGAAAAUGAGCCCAGCUGGGACGUCACUUCAACCAUUCAACUUGCUGAAAUUUUGGCGAGCCGCGGAGUGGAUGUCCUCGAUGUUUCUAGCGGAGGUAACGACCCGAGACAAAAGAUCAUUGGCGGACCAGGAUAUCAAGCCCCGGCCGCUCUCCAAGUGAAGAAUAAAUUGGGCGACCGUCUUCUUGUGGGAACCGUCGGAGCCAUUACUUCUGGUCCCCAGGCUAAUGACCUCUUGAGGGAUGGCCUUGAUAUGGUUUUAGUUGGACGGAUGUUUCAGAAGAACCCCGGGCUGGUCUGGACCUUUGCGGAUGAGCUCGAUGUUGAUAUGAAGUCAGCCAACCAGAUCCACUGGGGUUUCGCUGGACGUCGUCGGAAGUGA